AUGGCUCCCACGCCAACCGGCCCCGAGGACAUCCGACUGGUGAAGAAGCUUGACCGAUGGAUCAUGCCCACCCUCUGGGUUAUGUACUGGCUCAACUACCUCGACCGCAAUGCCAUCGCCGACGCCCGCCUGAACUACAUUGAAGAGGACCUGAACAUCGCGAGAAUCCCGGGCAACACGAUGCUCACUCGGGUUAAGCCGAGCUUCUACAUGGGCGGCUUCAUGAUGGCCUGGGCCGUGGUCAGCUGCCUGACGGCGCUCGUCAAAGACUACAUCGGCCUCGUGCUGACGCGCUGCUUCCUCAGCGUGGUCGAGGCGCCGUACUAUCCCGGCGCCCUGUACAUCUCGAGUAUCUUCUACACGAGGAAGGAGCUCGCGACAAGGAUUAGCAUCCUUGACUCGGAGAACAUCCUCGCCACGCCCUUUGUGGGGCUGAUUGCCGCCGGUGUGUUCGAGGGGCUGGAUGACGACGGCUUCAAGAACUUCUUCCUCACCAUCGUCAACACCCUCGGCUUCGACACGACCAUCACCCUCGUGCUGACCUGCCCGCCAUAA